GCCAGCAGCAGUGGAUGCCAUCCAGGAGUGCAAACAAAUUGCACGACCAUGCCUGGAGAAAGGGAAAGGCAGGGACAUGGCUAAGAUAAUCUAAACCAAAAUAACUCACUGCUACCAGUGAGAGGUGAUGUACGGGUCGGGGAAGAAAGGAGAGCGAGAGAGAAAACCUAUGUGAAAACGAGUGAGGGAGCAAAAUAGAACAAGGACCCAAUUGUCAAACAAGAGUGGAGAAAUACAUAGGACAGAAACCAACUAAGCAACUGAAAUUCGCUUUCUGCUGGUCUAGUAAGAGGGGGAACAGGAAGAGGCUACUGGGAAUAAGUCGAGAGGGAGCAGAGAGUGAGAGACAGACAAAAUGCCUGCAAAGUGAUGGAAAGAAUCAGGACAGCCAACACCAUACCUGCCUCCAUGCCAGCUAACCUGUUGCUGCUGCUUCUGUUUGGGGUGCAUGUUGGUGCCAUUUGCCCACCAAUGUGUGCCUGUAGCAGGGGCCAUAGGGUUGUGGACUGUUCUGCCCGUGGUUUGGGUAUACUUCCUGACAGCCUGCAGCACAACAUUCAUUUUCUCAACCUAUCACAUAACCGGCUCCAAGAUCUUGAUGGAUUUCUUGUCCAUUUUGACCAUUUAAGAACUCUAGACAUCUCCUAUAACUAUCUCAAUCACUUUCCUGUCGGCCUUCCUCGAUCUCUUUGGGAUGUACGUGCAUCAGGAAACUACAUCCGGCAACUGGUGAAGAAUGAUACAGCCUACCAUUGGAACCUUCAGUCAUUGGACCUGUCACACAACCAGUUGGAGCGUGUGGUCUUCAUCAACAACACGUUGUCCAGUCUGCAAGCCCUGAAUCUCAGUUACAAUAAAUUCUGGACGGUCCCCACAAAUAUGCCCUACAAUUUGGAGAUUGUGGACCUCUCUCACAACUUCCUUCUGCAGAUCCUGCCUGGCUCACUGGAUCGCCUGCUCAGGCUGUCUAGAUUCUACCUGCAUGGCAAUCGUUUUACCUUGUUAAGUGAAGACACAUUUAGUAGACUAGAGGGACUGCAGCUCCUCACACUUGGAGAUAACCCUUGGGCUUGUGAGGAUGAGGAGAAUAUUAACCAUCUGAUGACUUGGAUGCAGCAGACCCAUGCAAAAGUGCUGGGCUGCCCCUGCUACACUAGGCCCACAUGUGGGGAGGUCCACCUGUCUACAAGCAGAACCUGGCAUUCAGCGGCAUUCACAGAGCCACCGCUGGGUGCCGAUUCACGUAAUCCUGGCUAUCAAGCACCAAUGCAGGCAGUUACCUCUGGGUAUAUGUCCAAGUCGGCCCUGCUGAACGUGCAUCACAAUCCAAGUGACAUUAAUGCCACUGGGGCAGGCGAGCAAGCAUUGACCAUGGGUGGAGGCUUUCUCACAUCCACCCCACAUACCCUAUCCACACAUGCAAGCACAACAAUCCGAACACGAAGCACUAAGAAGGUCCUUCCAGGUAGAGCUCAGAGCACAAGUCAUCAAAUUCACAAAUCCAUCUCUGAAAAUGCUAUUUUGAGUCUUUUAUGUACAGCAAUGAUUAUCAAUGCUUUGUGAUUCUGCAAAUCAGUCUUGUACUAGUCUUGCUGCCUUGAAUCUGGGGGAAAAAAAAUCCACAGAAUGCAAAAAAGGAGAU